AUGGCGACCUCAAUACCCAGAGCAGCACGCUCUGCCCUGACGAGGAAUAUCUCACCAGCUAUAUCUAGGCAGUCGAGCUCAACCGCAUUACGGUCAAGAAACGCAGCGAGCUCUGUGCGAUGCCUCUCAACAACUCCCCAAUAUGCAGCUGUCCCAGCAUCAAGCUAUACCCGUAAGACUGUCGAUGCAGCAAAGCCAGCACCCCCACCACCAACAAAGCAAGACUCUAUCGAUGAUCAAUCGCCUAUAAAAGACAUGGCUGGUGGUCUCGCAGACGAGCCACUGAUUCUCGACGAAGAAAGCAGGCAGGUAGACUGGACGAGGUCAUUCCACGGCCUCUCUGCACAGCCCUUCUCGAAGGAAGCUGCAGAGAUUCUGUUGGCAUCGAUCCCAGCAGACGAUGUAGAAGUCAAGCCAGAUGGAAUUAUAUACCUACCGGAAAUCAAGUACAGGCGGAUAUUGAACAAGGCUUUUGGUCCUGGUGGUUGGGGUCUGGCGCCUAGAGGAGAGACAAUUGUUACGGGGAAGAGUAUCACAAGAGAAUAUGCGCUCGUUGCCCAUGGAAGGUUAGUAUCUGUUGCGCGAGGCGAACAAGAUUACUUCUCGCCCGAAGGCAUUCCAACCGCCACCGAAGGUUGCAAAUCGAACGCACUCAUGCGCUGCUGCAAAGAUCUUGGCGUAGCUAGCGAGUUGUGGGAUCCUCGAUAUAUCCGGAAGUUCAUGAAGGAUUAUGCAAAACAGGUCUGGGUCGAGCAUGUGCCAACAAAGAAGAAGAAGCAGAUGUGGCUGAGAAAGGAUGACGAACCCAGAUACCCGUUCAAGGAAUCCAAGUUUGGUGCAUAG